GCUGACAGUCUCUUCCAGGUUCUUGUAGACACCAGGGGCGGACUGACCAUUUGGAAACUCAGGCACUGCCCGAGGGCCCAGGGUCAGUAGGGGGCCCCAUGAGAUGCCCCUGGUACCUUUUUCAUAGGCUUUUUUGAGUUUGGGAAAGGACACAGGGGCCCCAUGAUCCCCUAUUGCCCGGGGCCCCAUGAGUUGUCAGUCCGCCCCUGGAUGUAUGAAAAACAAAUCCAAAAUUUAUUUCUGUUGUCACCAGAAUAUGAACAGAAGGUUAAUCUUCCUCCCAAAAAACGUGUUCCUUCACUUUGAAUUUCCCUCACAGGCAGGGCCGCUGCUUCCACUAGGCAAACUAGGUAGCUGCCUAGGAUGC